GGAUGGAUGGAUGGAUGGACUGAAACAUACGUGCAUCACUAUUCAUGGUAAAACUCUCUUAAAACAAAGUCGUGUCGGUAGAGAACAAACAACAAAAGUCCAUGAUACAGUCCAGGAAAGCUGGCCUCGCCCACACACUGGCCACCCGGACCUCCCUGAAAGACGAAGAGCUUAAAAACCACGUCUACAAAAAGACCUUGCAGGCUCUGAUCUACCCCAUCUCCUGCACCACGCCACAUAACUUCGAGGUUUGGACGGCCACCACGCCCACCUACUGUUACGAAUGCGAGGGUCUGCUGUGGGGCAUCGCCCGGCAGGGGAUGCGCUGCGCCGAAUGUGGGGUCAAAGUUCACGAGAAGUGCCAAGAGCUGCUGAAUGCCGACUGUCUGCAGAGAGCAGCAGAGAAGAGCUCCAAGACCGGGGCGGAGGACAGGACGCAGCACAUCAUCACGGCUAUGAAGGACCGGAUGAAGAUCCGCGAGAGAAACAAGCCGGAGAUCUUUGAGGAAAUCCAGCGGGUGUUCGACGUCUCCAAAAUGAUCCACGCUCAGCACAUGAAGAGCAUCAAGCAGAGCGUCCUGGACGGCACGUCCAAGUGGUCGGCCAAGAUCGCCAUCAACGUCGUCAGUGCCCAGGGUCUCCAGGCCAAGGACAGGACGGGCUCCAGCGAUCCGUACGUCACCAUCCAAGUGGGCAAGACCAAGAAGAGGACAAAAACCAUUUAUGGCAACCUGAACCCAGUCUGGGAGGAAAAGUUCAGCUUCGAGUGCCACAACUCAUCGGACCGCAUCAAGCUGCGGGUCUGGGACGAGGAUGACGACAUCAAGUCCCGAGUGAAGCAGCGCCUGAAGAGGGAGUCCGACGACUUCCUGGGCCAGAGCAUCAUUGAAGUCCGAACGCUGAGCGGCGAGAUGGACGUGUGGUACAACCUAGAGAAGAGAACGGACAAGUCGGCAGUCUCCGGCGCCAUUCGUCUUCAGAUCAGUGUGGAGAUCGCAGGAGAGGAGAAGGUGGCCCCAUACCAUGUGCAGUACACGUGCCUUCAUGAGAAUAUUUUCCACUUCUCGACGGACGUAGAGGGAGGCGGCGUCGUGAAGAUCCCGGCUGCCACAGGAGACGAGGCAUGGAAAGUCUACUUUGAUGAAUUGCUCCAGGACAUUGUGGACGAGUUCGCCAUGCGAUAUGGCAUCGAGUCCAUCUACCAGGCCAUGACCCAUUUUUCCUGCCUGUCAUCUAAGUACAUGCUGUCAGGGAUACCAGCUGUGAUGAGCACGCUGCUGGCCAACAUCAAUGCCUUCUACGCCCACCCCACUGCCUCCACAAAUGUCUCUGCUCCGGCCAGAUUUGCAGCCUCCAACUUUGGGAGAGAUCGUUUCGUGAAGCUCCUGGAUCAGCUGCACAACUCGCUGCGCAUCGACCUCUCCAUGUACCGGAAUAACUUCCCAGCCAGCAACAAGCCUCGUCUCGGUGACCUCAAGUCAACGGUGGAUCUCCUCACCAGCAUCACCUUCUUCAGGAUGAAGGUGUUGGAGCUGCCGAGCCCUCCCCGAGCGGCCAACGUGGUGCGGGACUGCGUCAAGGCGUGCCUGAACUCCACCUACGAGUACAUCUUCAACAACUGUCAGGAGCUCUUCAACCGGCAGUUCCAGCCCGCCGUCCAACCACCUGCGCCAGAGAAGAAGAAAAAGAAAAAGAAGAAGGAAAAAGCAGAGGGCGAGACAGCAGGAGAAGAAGAUGAAGAGGAAGAAGAGGAGGAAGAGGAGGAAGAAGAAGAAGAGAAUAAAGAGGAGAGCCAGCCUGAGGAGCAAGGCCCGAGCAUCCAGAACCUGGACUUUUGGCCCAAACUCAUCACCCUCAUUGUGUCGAUCAUAGAAGAAGACAAGAACUCGUACACGGCCAUCAUCAACCAGUUCCCUCAGGAACUGGACGUAGGUAAAGUCAGCGCGGAGGUCAUGUGGUCGCUCUUUGCUCAGGACAUGAAGUACGCUCUGGAGGUUUUGGACAAAAUUGAGCAUUACCGCCUGAAGAACGCUCCAGCCACAUUUCGCAUCCGCAGAGUUGAUUUCUAUGCUGAGCACGAGAAGAAUAAACUCUGUAAGACGGCUGAUUACAUGAACCUGCACUUCAAGGUCAAGUGGCUCUACAACGAGUACGUGGACGAGCUGCCCUCCUUUGCAGACGCCGUGCCUGAAUACGCCACAUGGUUCCUGCAGUUUGUCCUCGCCUGGCUGGCUGAGAACGAGGAGGUUUCCAUGGAGUUCAUGAACGGCGCCCUGGAGAGAGACAAGAGGGAAGGGUUCCAGCAGACGUCGGAGCACGCUCUGUUCUCCUGCUCGGUGGUGGACAUCUUCACUCAGCUCAACCAGAGCUUUGAGAUCAUCAAGAAACUGGACUGUCCCGACCCCGCGGUGGUGGCCCACUACCACAGACGCUUUGCCAAGACCAUCACCAAAGUGCUGCUGCAGUACUGCACGGUGCUGGCCAAGAGCUUCCCGUCCUACUGUGAGAAGGAGAAGAUACCCUGCGUCCUGAUGAACAACGUCCAGCAGAUGAGGGUCCUGUUGGAGAAGAUGUUUGAGUCGAUGGGAGCCAAACAGUUAACUGCCGAGGAGGAGCGGCUUGAGAAUGAGGAGGAGCCGGAGGAGGGCGAUGAGGAGCCCAUGUCUGACAAUGAAGGGCAGGAUGCCAUGUCAGAGGACUCCAAGUCUGGCUGCUCAGACUCGGAGGGAUCUGAGGUUGACAACAAGGAGAAGGAGAGCAAGGGCGACUCCUCAGCUUACGAUGACAGUGAGGAGGAGCAGGAGAAGCUGGACAAGGAAAAGUCGGAGUCUAAGAAGGAAAAGGCUGAAAAGAAAGACAAAGAGAAGCAGGAGGAGGAUAAGAGCAAAGAGUCAAAAGAGGAAGUAAACAAGACCGAAGCCACCGCUGCCGUCUCAAAGAAGCUCGAUACUGACGCAGCUGACAUCCUGAACGACCUGCAGCUGAAGCUCAGCACCAUCCUGGACACCUUCAGCACCAUGUUUGCCAAGAGCUUCCAGAAUCGCAUCAGCGGCUGCAUGCGUCAGAUGGCUGAGAUCCUCUACCAGAUGAAAGGCCCCCCCAACCACAACACGGCGGAGGGAGACGCCGACGCCAUGCUGAGACCCCUCAUGGAGUUUCUUGACGGGAAUCUCAGCAUCUUUGCUGACACCUGCGAGAAGACGGUGCUGAAGAGGAUCUUGAAGGACCUGUGGAAGGUCGUCCUCAGCAGCCUGGAGAAGAGCAUCGUCCUGCCUCAGAGCAACGACAGCCUGGGAGCCCAGCUCCUCACAGCAGCUAAAGGACUCUCUAGUCUCAAGGGAGGAGGUGAAACCAAAACCCUGACACCCAAACAGUGCAUAAUCAUCGAUGCAGGCCUGGAGACCAUCAAGCAAUACUUCCACGCAGGAGGGAACGGCUUGAAGAAGGCAUUCGUUGAGAAGAGCCCUGAACUGGCUUCGCUGCGUUACGCCCUGUCGCUCUACACCCAGAGCACCGACGCUCUCAUCAGGACCUUUGUAACCACACAACACUCCCAAGUGCAUGAUGGGAUGGGCAUCAGAAUCACCGGCAAUGAGAAGAUCAAACCAGAUCGGGUUUCAGGGGUGGAGAAGCCGAUAGGAGAAGCCAUGUUGCAGAUCGACAUGAUGCUCGGGAAAGAGCGCAAAGUCAACGUCAGAGUCAUCGCUGUGAAUGACAUGAAGUGGCAGACGUCGGGGAUGUUCCGGCCCUUCGUUGAGGUCUCCAUGGUCGGCCCGUUUCUGGGCGAUAAGAAGCGCAAGUUCACCACCAAAUCCAAGAACAACAGCUGGACAGCCAAGUUCAACGAGGCCUUCCAGUUCGUCUUGGGUAAGGAGUCCCCGGACUGCUACGAGAUCCAGGUGACGGUGAAGGACUACUGCUUCGGCCGGGCGGACCGGGUGGUCGGCGUAGCCGUGGUCCAGCUGCGCGACGUGGCCGACCGAAAGAGCUGCGUCUGCUGGUGUCCCCUGGGGCCGCGCGUCCACGCCGACGAGGCGGGCGCGACCGUGAUGCGCAUCCUGUCCCAGCGGCCCGCCGACGAGGUGGCCAAGGAGUUCGUCAAGAUGAAAUCUGAGACCCGCCCCGCCGAGGAGGGCAGAUGAACAGGCGCCGACUCGGGACCAGGUCUGGUUGGACAGGUGAAAGGUCCAGUUGUUCGUGACCGCCGUCAUCAGCUCAGUAACUACAGACUCCCAACGCUUCUCCCCGAUGCAGAGGGAGUCCUCCUUCUUUCAGGGACUCGUUGAGCCUUUGAGGUCUUUGAGGUCCUCACAGGUAGCUUGUCCAACAUCUGCACCACAGCUGUGCCACUGAACAGCAACAUGCGAGAGAGUAACCAAAGAAAUCCAGUCCAGAAUCAGCGAGCGAGGUCAGUACCGAGCGCUGAUCUCUGCUGCCGGGCUCAAGGAUUGCUGGUUCUUCAUUCAACAAGUCUGCAAGGCUGACGCUCGUAGCACCGGACGUGUCUUACAGACGCCAUGGUUGGUUCGAUACCCCAAACUGGACAGGAUGUUUUUAUGGCAGGACCGUGAACUCUGAGCCCAGAAUCGGGGGUCCGGAUGUCUCCUCGUGUCUGCCAACAGGAAGUACGGAGAUGCUCCCGCGGGACUUGGUAGCAAGGUCCCCGGGAUGACGACGCCUUAAAAAGAGCCAGCGAGGCCAGCUCUGUGUGCGUUGAGGCAUUCAGAAACAUAAAUGUAGAAGUUAAAGAUCUAGAUUUUUAUGAACCGAGACAACCGGACCGAGUCCCGUUCAACGCUUAGUGAUUUCAACAUUCUUGUGUUUGGUCUUGAAAAUGUAACUGUGAAGAUUUGUUCGCCUGAACUGGCCAGCCGUCAUGGUUUUCUCCUCGAAAGGAAGAUUUAGUGCGGUUCCUCUACGGAACCGACUGCAGAAACGCGAUUGGACGGGCAAACAACCAACCACGUGCAGCAGGCAGGUCAACAGAGACAUCCAGACCACCUGCUUGUUUUAAAUACUGACCCUUGGAUGCUCCUGUAUGAGUCAUCAUAUAAACCCCGCCCCCUGUCCCGAUGCCAUUGGUUCUGCACGGCUGUGAAUGGGAGGGGCUAACAUAAUCUCGGAUCAUGAAUGGGGGGGUAAUCCUCACCUCCUCUGCCUGGAAACAACCUGCGGUGACCAUAAGGAGGACGGCAAAAGUAACUCUUUCAGUUUCUAUGGUUCUAUGGUCUAUAGUCACGUUUCGCGGCCUUGCCUUGCAUGCAGUCCUGAUUUUGUUUCUUUAAAUUAACUCUGGAAAGUAAAACACAGGCAGGUUCGACCAAACUUCCUCUACCAUGUGCCAAGGAACACGCGUGUUCAACUACCAGUCCUUGUGUGUUUACGGAGAGAUGUGGCCUUCUUAGAAAUCCCCCCUCCUACCUUCUGAAGUAGCCGGCUGAUACAGAACGAGCAAUCGAACAGAACUCUUGCACUCAGAACCAUGUUUGUACAGAAGUAAAAGCCUACGACCGGAGCAUGUAUUUAUUGUACACAAAGUCCACUAGAAUGGUGAUUUUUAGUUCCUCGUAGUGUGAAAUGUAAACUGAUCAAAUGUAUGUAAAGUACUUACCAUGAUUCUGAUGUGACAUAUGUUGAAUAUACUUGGAACAAUAUUUUGUACAUAAAACA